AUGAGGCUUUUAAAGUUGGGUGGUUGUGAUAUGGUGCUUGGUGUUGACUGGAUGAGAGAUAUGAGUCCCAUGUUAUUUGACUUCAACAAGCUCACUGUGACCUUCACCAAAGAUGGAGAAAGCAUAACAUUACAAGGUAAUACUUCUACAGCUCAAAUUUCUAUGAUUACAGGAAGUGCUCUACAUAAGUGGCUUAAGAAGAACAAACAUGGAUUGAUUGUGGCUUUUGAUACUCUCAAGAAGGCUGUAACUUCCACCCCAGUACUGGUCUUUCCUGAUUUCAACAUGCCUUUUGAGGUUGAGACUGAUGCCUGUGACACAGGGAUAGGUGCAGUUUUGAUGCAUAAAAAGCAACCAAUUGCUUAUUACAACAAGGGCAUGGGAAUCAUAUUUCUCUCCAUUUCCACCUAUGAAAAGGAGUUAUUGGCCAUAGUAAUGGCAGUUACUAAAUGGGGGCCUUACCUCAUGGGAAACCAUUUUCACAGAUCACCAAAGCUUGAAGUACUUCAUGGAGCAAAAGUUGGAUUCCAUGUUUGUUACAAGAAAGGAGAUGAAAAUAAGGUGGCAGAUUCCUUAUAUAGAGUUCCACACACUGAAGCAUCAAAGUGUCAGCUCAUUUCACAACUACAACCUGCUUGGCUACUGGAAGUGCAAGCUAGUUAUGACUCAGAUAAAGUGGCACAAGAACUGAUACCACAACUAACUAUAUAUCCUUCUAGCAUACCUCCUUAUACAUUGAAACAAGGUAUUCUCAAGUACAAGUAUAAGCAUAAGGUACCACACAUAUCACCAGCAGGACUACUCCAGCCACUCUCAGUUCCUGAUCAGGCUUGGAAGCAUAUAUCCAUGGACUUCAUCAUUGGGCUUCCAAAAUCAGAAGGCAGAGAAUUCAUCAUGGUUGUGAUGGAUAGAUUCACCAAGUACAUCCAUUUCCUUCCACUAAGUCACCCCUUCACUGCCUCAGCUGUAGCAAAGAUAGAGACUGCUCUUCACAUGACUACAACAUAUCACCCUCAGACAGAUGGACAGAAUGAGAGGGUGAAUGCAUGCCUGGAGUCAUACUUGAGAUGUAUGACAAGCUAUAAACCUACCAAGUGCGUUAGUUGGUUAUCCUUAGCAGAGUGGUGGUUCAACUCUACUUAUCACUCCAGUUUGAAGACUACACCCUUAUAUGCUUUGUAUGGAUACAAACCUCAGCAAUUUGGUAUUUUCUCUCAUCAAUCUUCAACUAAUGAAUCUGUUGAAGAGUAUUUACAAAGAAUACAUGCCAUGGGAAUCAUACUUAAAUCCAGUCUUGAAGAAGCACAACACAGGAUGAAACAACAGGCUGAUAAAAAGAGGUCAGAGAGAGAAUUCAAGGUUGCUCCACUCCAUAUGCUGUCUACCAGAGUAGUCAAGAAACAACAUAAGCAGGUAGAACAGAUUCUAGUUCAUUGGACUCACUCCACUGCUGAGGAAGCAACUUGGGAAGACAAGGCGGUUAUAAAGAAACAAUUUCCAGAUACGAUUCCUGAGGACAAGAAUCAUUUGAAGUGA